CUACGAAAGAGUCCGUAUUAGGAUUCGAAUUCUCCGGGAGAGACGCUGACGGUCGUCGCGUGAUGGGCAUAGUUGAAGCUAAAGGAUUAGCCACCACUGUGGUAGCGGAUAUAAAUUUUCUUUGGGAGGUACCCGACAAGUGGACCUUGGAACAAGCAGCAACGAUCCCGAUUGCUUACGCAACUAGUUAUGCUCUAUUUGUACGGGGUCGAUUAGAACCAGGCGAAAGCGUAUUAAUCCACUCUGGUACAGGCGGUGUCGGUCAAGCAGCGAUUUCCAUUGCUUUGCAUACUGGUUGUAACGUCUUCACUACCGUGGGUACGCCAGAAAAAAGAGAAUAUCUCAAAAAAGUUUUCCCGCAGUCAAACGACAGGCACAUCGGCAAUUCUCGAGACACUAAUUUUGAACAGUUGAUACGCGUUGAGACACAAGGACGUGGAGUCGACGUCGUACUGAAUUCACUUGCAGAAGAAAAAUUGAAAGCCGGCAUUCGGUGCCUCGCGUACAAUGGCCGUUUUGUUGAAAUCGGCAAGUAUGAUUUGUCGAAUGACAGCCGUAUAGGAAUGUCAAUGUUUUUGAAAAAUACAUCUUUCCAUGGUGUACUGUUGGAUAUAUUAUUCGGAGAAGAUGUUGACGAAAAAAAAACGAUAAAAAAGGAACUGGUAAAACUCGUUUCGGAGAGAAUCAAGAAUGGCGCGGUACGUCCGCUCCAAGCAACGAUCUUUUCAGAUCAACAGCUUGAGGAGGGAUUCAGAUUCAUGGCGACGGGCAAUCACAUUGGCAAAGUGCUACUGAAAAUCCGUGAUGAAGAACCGAAGAAGCGCGUACCAAUGCCGAAGACAGUAACCGCAAUUCGGCGUACUUAUUUAAAUCCGGAAAAAUCAUACGUCUUAGUCGGCGGUCUCGGUGGUUUCGGCCUGGAACUGGCCGACUGGCUGAUCAGCCGCGGCGCCAAAUUCAUCGUUCUCGUAUCGCGCUCAGGCAUACGCACCGGUUAUCAAGACUUACAGGUGCGUCGCUGGCGCGAAAACGGCAAAAUAAUCGUCAUUUUUACGGAGAAUGUUACGACAUUAUCCGGUACUCAACACUUAAUUGAAGAAAGCAACCGGUUGGCUCCUAUUGGGGGCAUAUUCAAUUUGGCAGCCGUCCUACGUGACGCUCUCAUCGAAAACCUGGAAGAAGCCGAUUUCAAAACGGUUAUUUUACCAAAAAUCAACGUUACAAGAAAUUUAGACGCGGUAUCGAGAAAGCUCUGCCUAUCGCUAGAUUAUUUUGUGGUAUUUUCGUCUCUAUCGAGCGGUCGCGGCAAUAAGGGUCAAACCAACUACGGUUUUGCAAACUCGGCCAUGGAGAGAAUAAUGGAAGAGAGGCAGGCUAAUGGCUUACCUGGUCUCGCCAUCCAAUGGGGUGCCAUCGGAGACGUUGGCUUAAUCAUGGAAAUGAUGGGAGGUAACGUCGCCGAGGUGAGCGGUAGUAUACAUCAACGAAUAUCGAGUUGUCUCGCAACGAUGGAUAUAUUCCUUCAACAACCGUAUCCGGUGCUGGCUUCUUCGGUAUUAGCUGAAAAAUAUAAAUCCGACAAUGGCAACAAGACCAAUCUCAUCGCAACCGUUACUAAUAUCUUAGGCAUUAAAGAUGUUGAUUCGAUUAAUCCCAAUAAUACCUUGGCCGACUUGGGAAUGGAUUCGUUAAUGGACACGGAGAUAAAACAGACUCUUGAAAGAAAUUACGAUAUCGUAUUAUCGGCGCAAAAGAUUCGUGCCUUAACCAUCGGUACACUGCAAAAAUUAUCUAAUUGAUAGCAAUAGUUUAGAGUAGUAAUAUGCAGCAUAUCAAUUAGAUAAUUCUUGCAAUG